AAAAUCAGCCUGUUUGUCGCAUCUAUAUUAAUCUAUGGUCAACACAGACUAGCAAGUGCGACAUAACCUAGAAAACAGAAAUGACUAAAUUAGUGGAGUGGUUGGCCGUGUUUGGGGCUUUAGGGGCGAUUUGGCUGUCCCUAGUCACCAAUAAAGUGGAAACGAACUUCAACCCGACUCUAAUCUUGUACUCACCGGUGAUUUUUGUCGCUCUAUUCGGGGUGUACGCCGCCACCGUGGUCCUCUACAGGGUGUGCACGUUCAACAACUGCGACAAAGCCGCCGCCCAGUUACAAGAGGAAAUCCAGGCGGCGCGCACCGACCUCGCCGCCCGCGGGUUCCAAUUCAAACACCAGCCCCCUACACAAUAAAUAAUUUAUUAUAAAAGUAUCCUCACACGACUCUAAUAAACCCCCUAAAAAUGCAAA